AUGCCAUUAGCCGGCCCCUCGGAUUGCUAUUACCUCUGCGACAAUGCAUACGCCAACAACGAGGGAUUCAUCAUACCGUACAAAGGCGUCCGGUACCAUUUGAAGGAGUGGGGUAAUGGCGCUCAGGCACCUCAAUCGCCCGAGGAAUUGUUCAACUUGAAGCACUCUAAAGCUCGGAAUGUUAUUGAGCGCUCAUUUGCAGUACUGAAGAUGCGUUGGGGAAUAUUCCGCAGUCCAAGCUUCUAUCCUAUUGAUGUCCAAACUGGAUUGAUCAUUGCAUGUUUCUUGCUCCACAAUUUCAUACGCACGCAGAUGGAGGCGGAUCCGUAUGAUGCAUUGGUUGGAGAACAUUAUGAAGAUGGGUAUGGAAGUGAUAGCGAUGAUCCUGUUGUUCCCACUAUAAGUUCGGUUGCACCAACACCGGCGUGGAUGAAGAAACGGAACGACUUUGCUUCUACAAUGUGGAAUAAUAGGACAAACAUGUGA